AAGGGCACCGGGCCAGUCACUCGCUCUGAGACGCAAAUUAAAAGAACAGCUGUAGUUGUAGAGAGGUUUCAUUUGAGCUGUCAAAGCAGAAAUUAACUCUCUGGCUAGAUGGCAACCACAGAGCUCUACACAAAGGGUGCAUGUGUGUGGGUGCCAGACCCAGAAGCUGUGUGGGUGUCUGUACAGCUGCUUCAAGACUAUCAUCCUGGAGACCAGCAGAUCUUAAUCCAACUCAGUGAUGGCAGAGAGAUGGAGUAUCCAGUGUUGCCUCCGGCAGGUCUUCCCCCUCUAGGUAACCCUGAUAUUUUGGAGGGGGAGAAUGACCUCACAGCUCUUACCUUCCUCCAUGAGCCAGCGGUACUUCACAAUUUGCGAGUGCGCUUUCUUGACUACAAUAGCAUUUACACAUAUUGCGGGAUUGUGUUGGUGGCAUUAAAUCCAUAUGAACAGUUGCCCAUCUACGGAGAGGAGGUGAUUGAUGCUUACAGUGGCCAGGACACGGCUGAUAUGGAGCCGCAUAUUUUUUCGGUGGCUGAAGAGGCGUACUGCACUAUGACCAGAGAGGAGAAAAACCAGUCCAUCAUAAUCAGUGGGGAAUCAGGCUCAGGUAAAACUGUAUCUGCCAAGUACACUAUGCGUUACUUUGCUGUUGUGGGUGGUGCGGCCCAGCAGACCAGUGUGGAGGAGAAAGUUUUGGCGUCCAAUCCCAUCAUGGAGGCAAUUGGUAAUGCAAAAACAACCAGAAACGACAACAGCAGCCGUUUUGGAAAGUAUAUUGAGAUAGGAUUUGGACGUAAAGGGGAUAUAAUUGGGGCAAACAUGAAGACCUACUUGUUGGAGAAAUCAAGAGUUGUUUUUCAGGCAGCUGAAGAGAGAAACUACCACAUCUUCUACCAGCUUUGUGCUUCCAGGGAUUUGCCAGAGUUGAGGACACUCAAAUUUGAUUCUGCUGAGAACUUCCAUUACACCAACCAAGGACAAGAUGUGCAGAUUCCAGGCAGAGAUGAUGUUGUUGAGCUGGAGCGGACGAGAAAUGCCUUUACUAUACUUGGAGUGCAACCGGACCAGCAGAUGGAGAUAUUUCGUAUACUGGCAGCUAUUCUUCAUCUGGGGAAUGUCAACAUACAAGCCAGUGGUCGUGGUGGGGACCGCAGCUACAUUAAUGCCGAUGACCGCUCCUUGGCUGUCUUUGCCAAGCUUUUGGGGGUGGAAGGUGCUCAGAUGGCCCAAUGGCUAUGUCACAGGCGACUGGCGGUGGGUGGGGAGAUGCUUGUGAAGCCCAUGACAGGCCAGCAGGCUAAUGAAGCACGGGAUGCUCUGGCUAAGCAUGUGUACGAGCAACUAUUCACAUGGACGGUACAGAGACUCAACUCAUCCUUACGAGCACACCGGGAACAGCCCAAAUCUUUCAUAGGAGUUCUUGAUAUCUAUGGGUUUGAGACUUUUGACAGGAAUAGCUUUGAGCAAUUCUGUAUUAACUACGCCAACGAGAAACUCCAACAACAGUUCAACAGGCAUGUGUUUCAGUUGGAGCAAGAGGAGUACCUGCGAGAGGAACUUCCCUGGAAUCGUAUUGAGUUCAGCGAUAACCAGCCAUGCAUUGCGCUCAUUGAAGGCCAGCUGGGCCUACUUGAUCUUCUGGAUGAGGAAUGCAGAAUGCCGAAAGGCUCGGAUGAGAACUGGGCUCGGAAGGUUUACGACCAGCACCUGAACCACACCCCCUACUUUCGUAAACCACGCAUGUCCAACUCUGCCUUCCUCAUUGUGCAUUUUGCUGAUUUGGUUCAGUACGAGUGUGAUGGCUUUUUAGACAAGAACCGAGACACUGUGUUUGAGGAGCCCAUCAAUAUACUGAGAGCUAGCCAGUCAGAACUAGUUGCAGAGUUGUUCCAAAAGGAGUCAGGGGGAUCGCUCCCCAACUCCUCUCUUGCAAACGGGAGCGUACGUUCAGGAAAGCGAGCUCACAGAGAGCACAAAUUAACUGUGGGCUUUCAGUUUCGUCAAUCCCUGCACCUUUUAAUGGACACCCUGAACAGCACCACUCCACAUUAUGUCCGCUGCAUAAAGUCCAAUGACCUCAAACAGCCCUUUCUAUUUGAUCCCAAGCGAGCAGUGCAGCAAUUGCGAGCGUGUGGAGUCUUGGAGACCAUCCGAAUCAGUGCCGCAGGCUACCCCUCCAGGUGGACGUACGAGGAGUUCUUCACCCGCUACCGGGUGUUGCUACAUGAUUCUGUUUCUCAGGAUGAUGUACGGCGUUCCUGCCAGAGUGCCCUGCCCAACCUCAUCCCUGAUCCAGAGCAGUACUGCUUUGGCAAGACCAAGGUCUUCUUCCGGGCUGGACAAGUUGCAGUACUGGAGAAGCUGAGAGGGGAUCGGCUAUCUGGAGCAGGGGUUUUGAUCCAAAGCUGGGUGAGAGGCUGGCUGCAGCGUAAGCGUUAUCAGCGGCUCCGGUGGGCCACCUUCAUCCUGCAGCGCUACACCAGAGGAACCCUAGCUCGAAGGUUAGCGUGGACCCUCCGUUAUACACGCGUUGCUUUAAUCAUCCAGAAAACAUACCGCAUGCUGGCUGUGCGACAACUUUAUAUGACCAUCAGAGAGGCCACCAUCAAAAUCCAGGCCUUCAUCAGAGGCACCCAGGCUCGUCGCAUUUAUAGACAGAUGCUGACAGAGCGGGCGGUGGUGUUUUUGCAGGCACAGGUGCGAGGCUGGCUGGCCCGGUGCAGUUUCAGGCGCGUCAGAACUGCAGUGGUGCUUCUGCAGAGUUGCGUGCGCAGACGAGCGGCACGUAAAGAGCUGUUGCGCCUGCGUGCUGAGGCUCGAUCGGUAGAGAAAUUCAGAGAACUCAAUAAAGGCAUGGAAGUCAAACUCAUGCAGCUGCAACUCAGAGCUGACCAACAGGCGAGAGAGAGUGCGUCUCUGAGGGAGAUUCUUCAGGCCGAGCGAGGAGCUCACAGCUCUGAGCUGGAACAGCUGCGGUCAAGCCUCCUCAAACUCCAGAUCCAACUGCAGGAGAAUGCAAACACUGCUCCUUUACUCGCAGACAAACAGGAGGAGGACAUGAGGAAAGCUGAGGAGAAGGCCGCCCAAGAGAUUCUCAAGCUUACACAGGAAAUACAAGCUCUCCGAUUCGAGAGAGAUUCUUUGGAGAAAGAGAAGGAUGAUUUGGCUAUUCGUUUACAGGAUCAGGAAAAGGCUCAGGAGGAGAGCCGGCAGCAGUCUGUGGAUCAGGCAGGUGCAUCAGUGCGAGCAGAGCUAGAAGAGGAGAGGAGGAGAUACCAGAGUUUACUUAGAGAGUUCACGAGGCUAGAGCAAAGAUAUGACAACCUAAGAGAUAUGAGCCUAUUCACCACCAAUGAGCAUUCACGUGGACAUAGGCGAACAGAUUCGACUGUGUCUUUGGAGCCUCUUUCGCCCGUCACCACGCCGUUCUCGAGCUCGCCUAUCUUCCCUUCUCCCGAGGAGAUCAGGAGGAUAAGCGUCACGUCAGCCACCGACAGGAGACCCUGGAGCCAUGAGCAACCUCUGAACAUCCUAAUGGAGGAUAUGAGUGUUGCGAAGGACACAGCCGAGAGGAUGAAGGGGGAAGAUCUCAGAUAUGCGUACGAUGCUGUACGGGUGGCCAACAAGUUUCUAGAGACGCAGCUGUUGUCUCAGAGAGGGCAGUGGGAGCAGGAGAUUUCAGCUCUCAGGAUGAAACUCCAGCAGGCCCAUGACAAAGAUACCCCUGGAGAUCCUGAGAUAAAUGAACUAACGGAGCAGGUGGCGGUUCGAGAGCAGGAAUGUGUCCGAUUACGUCAAGAGCUCAAGGAACUGAAGCACACUGUGAGCCUCAGGAGAAUCCUGUCUUAUGCAGGUGUAGCGAUAGCUGCGUCUCAGGACCCAACAUCUCCUGGCCCUCAGAAGAGCCAGACACUCAGCGGACUACUGGAGUGCAGGAAAAGAGAUGAGAGCAAGCUGAUCAAACACCUUAUAACAGAUGUGAGGGCGGAGGGAGUUUUGUCUUUGUCCCCUGGACUGGCGGCCCGGGUUCUGUUUCUGUGUGUACGGCAAGCGGACUGUAGUGGCGAUCAGACGCGAGUGAAGGGGCUCUGUGGCGCUGCUGUCAGCGCUAUUAAAACUGCCAUGAAGAAACACGGCAAUGAUCUGGAUAUGACGGCGGUGUGGCUAAAGAACGCUUACUUGCUCAAAGACCUGCUCCACCAGCACUCUCACCAACAGGAUGUGAGGGGCUGCGAGGAGCUGGUGCCUCUGGUGACGGACGUGCAGGAGUGUGUUCGAGCGCUCAGUGAUGUGUGUAUUCAGGCCUAUCAGCAGCUGCUGUCCAUCUCUGAGAGCCAUCUACAACCUAUGAUCGUCCCAGCAAUGCUUGAAAGUGAGACCAUCCCUGGUCUGGCUGGUUCAUCUGUAAAGAUUGUGGGCCGCAAGCGAGCGGGUUCGGACCCCCGGCCUCCCACCAGCACAGAGGGGACCACUAUGUCUGCAGUCUUGAGGGAACUGUCAGCAUUACACACAGCCCUGUCCCGUCAGGAUCUGCCCUCGGCCCUGCUGGCACAAGCCUUCCGUCAGCUCAUGUACCUGCUGUCCGCCACCACCCUCAACAGCCUGCUACUGCGCAAAGACAUGUGCUGCUGGAACCGCGGCCUCCAGAUCAGGUAUAAUGUGAGUUUACUGGAGGAGUGGCUGCGUAGUCGUUUGCUGCAGGCAGGGGGCGCUCUGGAGCCUCUGAUACAGGCAGCACAGCUUCUUCAAAUGAGCAAGAAGACUGAAGUGGAUGGACAAGCCAUGGUCCAAACCUGCAAUGCAUUGUCCAACCAGCAGCUUGUAAAGAUGUUAAGCCUCUACACACCUCAGAGUGACCUUGAAGAGAGAGUAACGCUCAAUUUCAUCCGUAUAGUACAGGGGCUGCUGAAGGGGCGCUCUGAGGGGCAACCUCCACAGCUUCUGAUGGAUGUCAGACGGGUGUUCCCCGUCACGUUCCCUUAUCAGCCGCCUCCGCAAGUCACUGCCGCCCAGCUCGAAAUCCCAGAGUCCCUCAAGAUCUCCUUCCUACGCAGAGUUUGAAUGUGGGUGUUCCUUUACCUCCUGAAAAGCUUUUUUUGUUUGUUGCUUUUGUUGCCUUAUCAAGGUCACUUUAAAAUGCUAUCCCAGCAUUUUGUAUACAUUGUUAUCAUGCAAAUUUUGAGCCCAUUGUAAAUGUUUAAUUAUGUUAGCUUGACAAAGCCGACAAACUAUCCAUUCCUCCCACCUUAUGUUUUAAAAAAAACAACUAAAAUCACCUUUGAAAUUAAAUUAUUUUAAAACUUA